GCCUCACCCAGACGACUGUUUGCCCUGCUCUGUGUGUUCAGCCGGCAGGCUCCGGAGGAGGAAGCAAAGGGCAGGGAGCCGGGCCCAGCUGCCUGCCUAGCUCUGGGCUGCACCAGCUGGAGACAAGGCACCCUGAGCAGGAGCAGCUCCGGGGGACUCCAGGGGACUGCAGACACUCCCGCCAGGGGCUCGACAGGAACAAUGGGUAACCAAAUGAGUGUCCCGCAAAGAGCUGAAGACCAAGAGAACGAACAGGAGGCAGAAGCUAACAAGGGAGCGCCCGAGUGUGAGUGUGGUCCAAACGGGACGCCGGUGAUGAUAUCGACCUGUGACAUUCCAUGCUAUGACGAAGUCGACUUGGGAAUAAGUGUCAAGGAGGAUAAUGUGGCCACUUCUUCCCCCAAGACAAUGGAGAUCAGCGCUGUUGCAGAUGCCAACGGAAAGAAUCUUGGGAAAGAGGCCAAACUCGAGGCACCAGCUGCUAAAUCUCGUUUUUUCUUGACACUCUCGCGGCCUGUACCAGGACGUACUGGAGACCAAGCCACGGAUUCAUCCACUGGAUCAGUGAAGCUUGAUGUCAGCUCCAGUAACGCUCCAGGAAACAAAGAACCAAGUGAGAGCGUGGCACUUCCGGUGGCAGCUGCACUGGGGCACGACCCACAUAAAACCCCAGGCCAGAGCCCGGCCGGGGACGGAGGCUUCUCUGCCGCUGGGGGACCGGCGCCUGCCCCACCUGAGUCGGGAGGAGCGGCCCCCUCCAAGCCUAGGGACUCCAGCUUCUUGGACAAACUCUUCAAACUGGACAAGGGACGGGAAAAGGCACCAGCUGACAGCCGCCAGGAAGCCAAGGGUGCAGAGCGUCAAGACCAAGCCCAGGAGGUUUCCGGAUUGUCCAGGCCAUCUGAUGAUGUCCCUGCAGAGAGGGACAUAGGGGACAGCAAGGGGAUAGAAGGACAAGAGGUCCCCACCGGGAGCUGCUCUGUCCCCAGGAACCCGGAAGAACUGGAGACUGCAAAGGAGGACCCCCAGACCACAAAUACAACCGAGAAUAAUAAUUCCAUCAUGAGCUUCCUUAAAACUCUGGUUUCACCUAGCAAAACUGAAACAAAAAAAGAUCUGGAAGACACGGCAUCCAAAGCAGAAAGUGUCUGUGAUGGCCAACCAAGACAGAAGACCUGUGAGAACCAAGCUAAAGGCGCCAAGAAAAAGCACCUGCAUAGCCCCCGGCUAGGAUUCGCAUUUAGAAAAUUCUUUAGGCAUAAGGGUGCUGAAAAGUCACCUACCACUUCAUCUGAUGUCAAGUCAGACAAAGCAAACUUUAUCUCCCAGGAGACCAGAGAGGCAGCUAAGAACCCUCCAUCCCCCGAUACUGCAAAGGAAACUGCCAAGGGAAAGGGGGGACCCAGCUCUCUGCCUCUGGGCAAACUAUUCUGGAAAAAGUCAGUUAAAGAGGACUCAGUCCCCGCAGGUGCAGAGGAGAAUGCCUACAGGUAUUUCUGGAAAUACCUAAGCUCCCUUCCCCCACUCCCUGAUGGCAAGAACGAGAUGCAGAGGAAGCUGGGGGGUCCGGCACCAGCAAAGACCAAUGCAAAGAUGCCUUUGGCUCUAGAGUGCCUUCCUCUGAGGCAGAGGAUGACAAACCUAUCAUCCAAAGAGCUGGGUAGUAAAUGUUUCAGACUUAAAAGGCCACAUGUUGUCUCCGUUGCCUGUCUUUCAUCUUUUAAAAACAUUUUGCAGCCCUUUUAAAAAAAAAAAAAAAAUGUAAGAUCCAUUCUGUGCUCGGUGUUGUGCUGAAACAGUCUCUGGGACAGAUUUGGUAGUCGAUUGCCAGCCCCUGUCUGAGGAAACAAAUUUUAGAGCCUUCUCCAGGCCAAUUAAAUCUGUUGCAGGGAUCAGUGCAAAGCAGGAAAUGGUCCAGAGGUGACCGGGGCACAGCACAAAUGGAGGGAGGCGAUGCAAAAGAACAGAAUUUGAAAUCAGAGUGCAGGUGAAUUGGACCCUUCCACCCAAACCCCCCAUUACUGGCCAUCCCUUCUCCCCCACAGACCUUUAGCGGGUUCUAAGCUCACCAGGUACGUCGCUGGGGGCCGUCAGGAACUUCGCCAUGGUUUUCUUGCCAAAUGCCGUUUUCUUCUGAACUUCAAUUAAGAGACAAAGGCAAAUGACCGGCCCUGGGGUGAGGUGGGAAGUAAGUCAAAGAGGAGGUCCCGUCUGGGAAAUUCAGUGUGGACUUCACGCUGUCUUUUCCACAAAGAGGACAGGUCUUCCCAGUUGCAUGCAGCAGAAGGUGUCCUUGUCACCGACUCUAAGGCUGGACCUUUAAGGAAAUAACGACUCCUGAUUUUUAUACAGGCCUGGGGUAAGUCGCCUUGAUGGCAGGCCAAAGAGGCGGGGCUCCUGGAAUGGAAAUGGGCAGAGCCUGCUGUCCCUCGGAAGGACUUCUCUUUCAGCCUUGUACCUUGCGGAGCACGAUUUUUGCUACUUCCAAGUCAGCAUAUUUGGCAUUUUUUUUUUUUUUUUUUCAGAAAUUGGCUGUUUGAAAGCACACUUUGCAUCCUUCUCAAAGAUGUGCCUGGGUAGAAAUGAUCAUUGGGUCACACCUGUAGCACAUGGACACGGGGGCCACCAGGACUCCCCCUACUUUAUAAAGCCUGUUUUGGGGAACGUGUGUGUUUUUCUUUUCACUGU